AUGGUGCUGAUGCUGUACGGCACCGCCGCCAUGCUGCCUCCCCCGGUCGAGGAGUCCAGAAGGAUCGUGUAUGCUGUUAUAGCAUCCGUCGCUAUGUUCGAGUUACUCAUAAGCUGUCUCCUCAUCUAUGGAGUGUUUGGGAGGAAGCCGUCCCUCAUCCUUCCGUGGCUGAUCUCCUGCUACGUGUUGGUUCUAUCCCUAGUGUCUCUUUCCGUGUUGGGGACGGUCCUCAUCGUGCUCCAGUUCAUCCAGAGUCAAGAAUCAAUCAAGGAAGUCAGCACCAUGGUAGCUUUCUACUUCGCGAAAGCCAUAACCAUAAUUUGUCUUAUAAGUGUGGCGUCUGGAGGUGACAUCAGCGGAGAUGUAAAGCAUGAAGAACAAAAUACAACCACGUUAUAUCCUAUCGAAGGUCUUCCUAAUUAUUUAAAACGUGGAGAAAAAAACAUUCAUAAUAAUAGCGAGACACAAGAAGUGCCAGAAACUAGAGCUACUUCAAGCUUAAAUAAUUGUGUUGAUGACAUGGAAGUUAUGGAACCAAAAAAAAUAAACAAUGAUAAGACUGUUACGAAGUUAAAUGAUAGUAAAGAUGAUGGAUAUGAUGAAGUGAUCUCGAAUAAAGAAGAAAACAAACAUGCAACAAAUAAAGAAAGAACGGCGUGGAAAAUCAACGCGACCUACGCUCCAUCUUCCAAAGAUGAUGAAAGUUAUCAAACUAAAGAGAUUUUGAAAGAUUUCAAACCCAGUCCUCACCUCGGAAGUUUUUAUGAUGGAGACAGUCUCUUCUCUCCUCCUCAGAUAAAUAAAGAAUCAUUUAAACCUUACUCGCCUCCACAGUUUACAAGUUUCGAAAAAGAUUUCUAUAAACUUAAUUACAAACCUCCUCUUGACUCGUACCAAAGACCAGUAGACAAUCCAUACCCAUUUGAGGACGUGGUGCCAAGAACUGAACAUAUAAAGUUUGACACUGGCCUAGAGGUCAGACCGACCGUACAAGCGCCCGUGAAUAUUCCCGCGGGAGGGUUGUACAAACUCCCGGAGACUUUUCAAGGGAAACCUAACUCUGAUAGCGGCAGACAAGACUACGGCCUGCAGUUUAAAGAACAGAAAGAAACCUCUGUUAAGAAUCGUGCAAAUCCCUGGAAAGGUUUGCUACACUUGGUGACGUCUCUUCUGCCAGUUGGUCUCAUAGUAUCAGCCCUCACGCCACAAGUCAUCACGCUGGAGAGCACGGCCAGCGGUCCGCGUUUCCGCGGGCGCGUGUCUCGUCGCACUGAGGACGUGUCAUCUCUUCCCCACAUCAGUGACGGCUGUAAGAGGAGGCUGCUGUGUGAAAUACAUUCGGAACAGGAGUACAUGAGCUAUGAACGCCGUCCAUGCUAUAAGAUCCGCUGUGAGGAUCCUCGCUCCAUGAGCCGUUUGCUGAACUGGUUGCUGGACCACCACAGACCUGGCUACCAGCCUGGCGACCACGACCGACGGGGUUAUAUUAUAACAUGA